UACCAUGCAUAGGCACAAUUCUUUUUUUUUUUUUUUUUGAAUAAAUGAAGUAUGGGAUUUGAAGACAAGUUUUUGUAAAGUGGACAAUUUUUGUAGCUCACAUUUGAUUUGUUUAUUAUAUGAUGUCUCGAAGAAGACGUUAUGAUUAUUUGUCGGUUUCUAUGCUUGGAAAGAAGUACGAAACAAAGCCUAAAAAACCGGCACGUCGGUCACAAGGCAAUUUAGGUAAAGAACAGGUAUAUUUGAACGAAUUUGAAGACCGAAUCUCUCCAGAACUGACAGCAGUGCCAAGGAGCUGUAGGAAUUCAUUUGUUUUUGCGUCGACAAAUGAAACAGCCAACCAAUCGUUGAAUCCCAAUAUUCGGCAAGAUGAAGAUAAUUUAAACCACGAUUCAUUUCAACUUUUUAAUCAAUUUGUGAGAAUAGAGACACAAAAUGCUGAUGAGUUAAACAGUACAGUUGACAGUGAAAUACCCAAUGGAAUACAACACAAUGGCGAAAAUAUCGAUGAAUCAGGCAACAUUAACGAUUGGAAUGAUUUUUUAAAUGUGUUUUCGAAGAAGAAUCAUUCACAAUUUCGAGUAAAUCCGGAUAUAAUUAUAGCCGAAAUUUUGUUCUUGGUUGUGAACUACUACGUUCGUCAUAACUUGUCACAAGAUGCACUAGAAGAUUUAUUGAAAAUGCUAAAUGUUAUUAGUGGAACAAAAUGCUUCCCUGAAAAUUUUGAAACAUUCGCGUCUCAGUUACGUAAUAACCCAUAUGAUGCCAAACGUGUUUUUUUUUGUACAUUCUGUCAAAAACAAAAAAACACUUUAUCCGGUUUUCGUUACACUUAACAAUCUCCCGCCAGUACUUAGAUUCAACAAACACAACCUUUUAAUUGCUGCACUUUGGUUAUCAAAGGAAGAACCCAACCUUAAUUUACUCUACAAAUAUUUUUGCAUAGAAUUAAGAAUACUCAAGAAAGGUAUCUCGAUCGGUAAUCAAAACUAUACAGUUAGUCUUCUACAAAAUUGCGUGGAUCCUGUGGCAAGAUGUAAAGUUUUGUGUAUGAAGCAAUAUAAUGGAGACUACGGAUGUACAAUGUGUCUGCAUCCCGGAAAAGCUACUGAUGCAAGCCCAAUAAGAUAUUAUCCAAGUCAACGGUAUCCCAAACGUGACGAUGCGACCACUAGAAAAAUGAUGGAUGAAGUUCAAUUUACAGGUCAAGAAGUGCAUGGAAUAUUAGAUAAAUCAGUUUUCGUGGUUCUGCCUGAAUUCAAUAUCAUUAUAAGUCACCCUCCAGAUUAUAUGCACGCAGUUCUUCUGGGGGUUAUGAAACAGUUAUGGGCAAGUCUAACUGAAAGUGAAAAUCAUAAAGCUCCAUUUUACGUAGGACUUCGUAUGAAAGAUAUUGAGAAACGUUUUCUCUCCUUCCGACCUCCAAGCUCAUUCCCGAGGUAUCCACGUUCAUUGAAUCAAGUAAAAAAAUUCAAAGCAAACGAAUGGGAAGCCAUGUUAUUACAUUAUAUAUAUCCUAGUUUAUAUAAAAUUCUUCCUGACCAUUUAUUGAACCAUAUUAUGCUUUUAUCAUCUACAAUAUUUUUAUUAUUGGAUCCAAAUUUGUCUGAGGAAAUGAUUAAUUGGUGCGAUAAAAAGCUUAAACUUUUUGGUUGCCAAUUUGAGGCUAUUUAUGGAAUAGGACGAAUGACUUACAACGUUCAUUUGAUGUCUCAUUUAGCUGAAACUGCAUUGUAUAACUCAUCAUUGUUUCCUUAUGAAUCAGGAAACGGAAUGCUAUUAAAAUUUUGCAGUGGCAACAACAAACCUGUUCUUCAAAUCGAAAAAAAAAUAUUACUUGAAUAAACUUUGUCAAAACAGCAGGGUGCCUCAAGAUUCGGUCAUUAAGCAGUGGGUUCAGUCUAUAUGGUUCAAGAAACAUUCUAUAGUUCAGUAUAAUCCUCAAAAAAUAUAUACUGUGAAUAAUUCUACCUUCUUCGAUAAUGAUGUAACACAACGUCAUUUCAGCUAUCAUUCUAGACUGUACUACAAUCGCUUAAAUUUGUGCACAGAAGCUGCUUGCUCAGAUCUCAAAUAUGAUGAUUCAUGGAUUUGGAUCAACAGUAUUUUUUUUCGUAUUCAUGCUAUUCUAUGCGAUCAAGCAAAUAUAAUUUAUAUACUUGGCCCAAAUUUGGAUACUAUUAGUUUGUUUCCUAAUAUGUAUUCCUAUACUUUCGCGGAUGAAGUUAGAAUUAUGAAAGUUACGGAUUCUUUAAAGCAAUGUAUUAGUAUGAAAGUUGAAAUUAACGGUGAAUACAUGAGAUUCAUUUCGAUAUGCAAAAAGCAAACACAAGUUGAUUAAAAAGAACUUUUAAUAAAUAAUGUAUCAUUCUUCAAAUGCUAUUCAUGUUAAAAAGUUAGAUUGAAAUGAAAUGCCUUGUGUUCCUGCAGGUUACAUCAAAUGAAAAUAACAAUACAAAAUAAUUCGAAACCCAAAUAUGUUUACAUGUAUUACUAGCCAAUUAAAGGCCGUUAUUAUAUGCCCCAAACCGAA